AUGGGACCAUUAGCACAGAGGGCAACUGGGUUGAGUAAGUACUUGGGCGCCCAUAUCUCAGCCGCUGGAGGUGUUCAGAACUCAAUCGUGAACAGUAUGAAUAUUGGUGGAAACGCUUUUGCUCUGUUCCUCAAGAACCAGAGGAAGUGGGUAUCCCCGGACCUCAAUGAGGCCGACGUCCAGGCUUUCCGGGCCAAGUGCGUUGAGACCUCGUAUGAUCCGUCAAAGCACGUCCUUCCACACGGGUCUUACCUCAUCAAUCUUGCUUCUCCCGAUGAGGCGCUGAGAGAGAAGUCCUACACUUGCUUCGUUGAUGACCUGAAGCGGUGCAAUCAGCUAGGUAUCACUCGCUACAACUUUCAUCCAGGUUCAGCAACAGGCGGGUCCUCCAAGCCAGAAGGCUGUGGAAGAAUCGCGGAAGCCCUGAACAAAGCGCACAAAGAAGUCCCAACUGUCAUCACGGUCUUGGAGAACAUGUGUGGAACCGGCAAUGUCAUCGGCGCUACCUUCGGCGAACUACGAGAAGUCAUCGACCAGGUUGACCUGAAAGAUCGCGUUGGCGUUUGUCUCGACACAUGUCAUCUCUUCGCCUCCGGUCACGAUAUCCGAACCGAUGAGGCCUACGAAGACGUCAUGAAGCGCUUCGGCGACGAGAUUGGUUGGAAUUACCUCAAGGGUGUUCAUCUCAACGACUCCAAAGCUGACCUAGGCGAGAAGCGCGAUCUACAUGAAAACAUCGGUCAAGGCUACAUUGGCCUCGAAGGUUUCCGCCUCCUCGUAAACGACACUCGUUUCGACUGCGUACCAAUGGUGUUGGAGACGCCGAAUGAGGAUAAUCCGCAGGUCUGGGCUGAUGAGAUUAGUAUGUUGACGUGGUUGAUUGGGAAGAAGAAGGAUGAUCCGGAGGUGCUUGCGAAAGCUGAGGAGUUGCAGGCGAAGGGUAAGAAGAGUAGGGAGGAGCAGGCUGUGAAGGCUACGAAGAAAAAGGAAGCGGCUGCGAAGAAGGCGGCUGGGGGCGGGAAGGGUAGGAAGAAGAAGGCUGAAACUCCAAGUGGAAGUGAGAGCGAAUAG